ACGUUUAACUAGUUCACACUAUCUCCGAGCUCAUUGUGUUUGAACGAGCUCUCACCGCUUCCCAUUACAUAGCGGUACAGGGAAAAGUAUCUCAUUUAUUAGGGAGGAAAUAAGCAACACAGGUAUUAGAAUCAUGCACCGACUGUUCCUCGUCUCUUAGACACACAAAAGAGUUUUUGGUGAUUGUGCACGUUCAAGUGGAAAAGUUAGCCUGAGGAAUAAGCAUUUCAUGUUUUUUUUUUUUUUUUUCGUGGAGUGUUGCAGCUUUGCAAAUGUAUGUGCCGCGGUGAUUGGAGACUCUUAAGAGGAUCAUUCUUUGCCUUCAAGUCAGUCUGGACUAAAGUUCUUUUUGCAUUCACAUAUUUUACACGUGAAUGUAAAAACAUUGACACAGGAAUUGUGCUGGAUAUCAUAUUGAGCGUCACAGAGCCAAAAUACAAUAAUGUGCUUGUGUAGAUUUCAACAUUUACGAAUGCUGCAUUGCAACAAAUAUUCCCUGGAGACCUAUUUUCAAAGCAAGUCUUUAAAAAAGUCAGGUUGCAGAGCACUCAUGUUUAUUUAACAACGUACACAAAGAAAGGUAAGUACCCUGUCAUUGAUCGUAUAGCACACAGAUGAGAUUACCCAAACAGUUGAUCAUUUUAGAAUUACUGUACAGCAGGCUACACAUUCAUUUUCAACACCAUAAUUGAUUUUUUAUUUUUUUUAUUUACAUUUUUUUGGAGAAACAACUUUUUCAGUGGGGGAAUUUCAUGCACAAGUGCCGAUACCAAAAGACAGGUUUUAAAUCAAGACCCAAUUAUUCAAGAUAGCAAUUUUCCAUAAAUUUGCAUGGACCUAAUGACAAUUUUCUACUCUUCUAAUUCGUUCAUUUCUAGUUCUUGAUUGUAAAGUGUAUACAGAAAUUCAAUUCAAAAUUCAUGGAUUGAAGUACCCCCCUAUGAUACCUACAUACUGUAGGUGUACAUUGAGACGCAGCUUUGUAAUUUCAGAUGUUCUAAAAUGAGAACCAGAAAAUGACUGAACGUUCUUCGCAGUGGGUUUUCAGAAACAUUUCCUAGAGUAUGACACAAGCUCGGGCAAAAUGCUGAUUGACAGCGCUCUUGAAAGUCGCCUAUGGUUUAUGCCAGACAAUUUGGGAAGAUUGAAGCCGCCUCUGUGUGUCGCCGUCGAUUGUUUUCCUUGUUCUGAGCCGUCUGAUACAAGCGAAGUUUCUUUUGAAAGCAGGAUGGUGAGCAAUGUGGGCUCGUAUAAUGAAAGGGUUUUGAUGUAGUGUCAGAGCUGUCAAGCGAACAAAAGGAAAGCAAAAGUGCUCAAGAGGCUUCUUCUCAUGUCUGUUAUCGCAACAAGCACUUUUUAGCACUGUUUGUCCUGCCUGCCCAGAAUAGUGAACUAUUCUUCAAUGCACUAAAUUUCUUUUUCUUCCUCACACGGUUUUAAUAGCAGCCAAUCAUAGGCGUUUAGUGACAUCAUCGUAAGACCUUUUCUUAAAUAUUUGAUCCAACUUUCUUACGAUGUUAUCAGCAUGAUUGAGAUCGUGUUAUGGACUAGAUGUUUGCAAUUUUGGUUAAUCCCAGUCUUUGGUUUACAAAUGUACAUAUGUAUAUAUAUUUAUAAUCUUUCCUGAUAGGAUCUGUUCUAUUCUAUUAACAAUAAAACAUUCACAAGAAAGAGACAGAAGAUCAAGAACACAACCUCAGCCAGCGAUUGCGUUCGACCUGGUAGGAGGCGGUUCCAAAUCUCACAAUACCCCACCAUAUGGAAAUGUGUGCGCGUGUCUUGCCUGAGUGUGUGUGCGUGGAGGGUGAGAUUGUGUGUGUGGCAAGAAUGCUGUCUUGCUUUGAGAAGUUACAACAAGCAUGUGUUUUUAUACGAUAACAUUCGUCCAAUAAUUAACACUUCCAUAAUAUUACAUGUUUAAUAGAGAGAGACAUUUGCUUCAUGUUUGUUAUAUAAAAUGGUGGUAUUACUUCAAACUUAAGUGGACAACUGCAUAUUCACAGUUAACCCUAACUGACCUCUUAUUUUUUUUAACCUUAAGGGUGUAUGUUUACUGAAUGAAUCCAAUUUGCAUUUUCCAAUAAGUCUUGAACAAGCAUUUUUGACCUGCCAGAAUUGUAUCGAAUUGUAUUACGAACGCUCCGAUCUAUUCAGUCUGUUCUCUUUAUCCUGUGCAUUAUUUGCAUUAUAUGAAAUUAUUUACGACACCUGAUGAGACUUGAAAAACGUAUUUUGAAGGCUUCUCCCUAGGCAAAGUUUGUUGGGUCACAUGACCUUUUAGUCACCAAGUGGUGUCACAAAGCGAUGUUACAAAGGCCUAGCCACAACCAUCUUGUAUGUCUUGGAUUUGGCUAAUUGCUAGCAUGUUGGUCCUUGUACAGCCUUAGCCCCAAAUUAGAUUUUUUGUAGUGUCUUAGUUUCUGUUGGCGGAAUGAACACCAUCAACAACCAAGUAAUGUCUACUAAUGACUUGCUCGGCAACUUUUCUCCAUUGAAAUCAAUGCACAUGAAACUAAUGAACUUUCACUAUUCGGCCAUUGCCGAGAAGGAUCACUACUACAAUGAGUUUCACAUCUGCACAAUGAAGAAUAUUAAGCUACAGAACCAGAUUAUGUUACUCAAAGCUGAAAGCAAGAAGAACAGUGAGAUCAUCACAGAGCAAGCAGAAGAAAUUGCUUAUAUGAAGGAAAGUCUUCAAGUCCAACAAGCAGAACUUCAGCAGUGUAGGAUAAAAGUCAAGAUGCAGCAAGAUCAGAUGUCCUCUCUGGAACACAGUCUCCACGAGCAAAGGGAAGAGCUCCAGCAGAGUGAGAAGAAAAUCCAAAUGCAGAACUCUCAAAUUUACGCACUUGAACAAACUCUGAAUGACCACGAAGGGGACUCUGAGCGGAACGACCAGAUUUUCCAGAGGCAAGAGGUUCAAAUUGCAGCGCUUCAGCGGAGCAUCCAAGACCGCAUGGCCCAACUCGAGCAGAGCAAGCAGAAGGUGGAGGAGCUGGAGGAGAAAUUUCAGAGGCACAUGGAGUCCGCCGAGAAUGACAAAUGCGACCAGAAGGUCAGAGAGGAAACGCUGAUGGAGAACCUCCAAGCAUGUCAUGCCAGGCUGCGAGUGAUGGAAAACCCUCACAAGAAGAAGAAAAAAGCCCAUUUCUGGUCAGGCUUUUGGAGUGAAAGAAGACAGGCCGAAAGGGCCGCGGAUCAGGAAAACGAGUCAAGAAAAACGACGGAAAUCGAGAAAGCUGAUAAGAAGGAAUUCAACAUGAAACUCAAGAGCCAGGAAGAGAUGAAAAGAGAUGAAACUUUGGAGAUGAACAAAACUCCAAAAUCAGCAUGCAGAGUCACUUUCAACUGUUGAGUCUGUUUCUUCUUAUUGUCUAUAUUCACAUAAAACUCCAUUCUGAGCGUUUUCACUUCUUGUUUAUUGUGCUGAUGGUUAACCAAAUUAAAAUGAGAUACUAAAUUGUCAAA